AUGACGCUUCGCCAGAGGUUUGCUCGGCGUCUGAAUGACAGCGUGAGCCCCCACCAUAGAAGAAGCCCUUCUCGCCGAUUGCGCUCAAGAAGAAAGCAGCUAUCGCCAUCGCCCUUGCCUACGCAGCCCUAUCUAUCGUUAACUUACGAAGAUGUCAAGGCGCUGAGGAACGACUGGUUAACUGACAAUAACAUUGCUUUCUGGGAGGAGUUUUUGGAACGAGAGGUGCUCGCGAAGUACCCCCAGGCCCACAUCGUCUUACUGCGCCCCUCAAUGACAUUUCUUCUUAUGAAGAACAAGGACACGGAGAUGGUUAGGACUGCCCUACCUGAUUUUCGACAAAUCACCCACAUAUUUCUGCCUAUCAACGACAACCGGAAUGUCAGCCAGGCCGAAGGCGGUAGUCAUUGGUCACUGCUCCUCGUGAGUAUACUCGAUGGCGUCGCGUUCCAUUACGACUCGCUUGACGGGGCGAACAUCGCUGAAGCCUGGGAGGCAUCGAAACGCCUGUCCAACGUACUGAACAAGCCCCUGAGGUUCCACCAUCUGCCCGAUUGUCCACAACAGGAGAACGGAAGCGACUGUGGAGUUUUUGUUUGCAUAAUAAUGCGACAUCUACUCAUCAAACGCCUCCUAUCCGUUAACGCGGGGCAGAAAAUCUCCAUGAGCAUGGCCCACAAAGCUAUCGAUAGUACAGGAGCUCGAAAGGAAAUGCUUAAGAUAAUCGAGUCGCUACGCAAGGAGGGAGAACGGCGACGACUAACCCCCAACGGCACUCCACCACGAAUCGAGUAG